AUGCCAGGCGACCUCCUGGAUGUCAUCGGCAUAGGAACUGUCGAAAUCCCAACUAAGCGUUCGCCAAACCUAUCCGGAACCGCUGCCCAUGGCUCAUUGAUCCUCGACAAUGUGUUGCAUGUGCCCAACGCCUUGUGCCAUGGGAUUGGCCAUCCUAUCUUUCACCAAGGAUACAGUGUGAUGACCCAUUUCACCGACAAGUUCUUGGGGACCAUCAAGGAUCAGAAUGGCAAGAAUGUGGCAUUCUUCGAUCCAAACAAGAGAUUGUUCGGCAUCAAGCUGAGAGAGACACCCCGGACCUUCGACCUUUGGGGCCGUCAAUCAUGCGGGUGGGCGAGGGUCAAGAAAUGGCUCUCGCUAUCGGCUACUCUGGCCCGCGGAGGAGAGACAGAAAACGCCGAGAAGGCCUUCCUCAAGAAGCACUACGGCAGCGAGCUCAAGUUUCUCAUGACCCAAGGUCUCAGCAUCUACAAAGACGAGCGUCGUGAGGACGGCCGCCAGAUCCUCCGUGCAUUGAUGCAGGAUGAGGACGAGGAUGGCGAAGACGACGAAGAAGGUUCCGAAUUCGACUUCACCGGCCACCAGGCCGACUACAACUUCACACACAAACAGCUCGACUGGAUUGAAAAGAAUUACAAGAACUCCGAGAACUUCAUGAUCUCGUACGGGCUCAAGUUCUAUGAUAACGAUGAUCUCCACGAGGCGAAGGCGAUUGCCAACGCAAUGAUGAGAGACGAUGACGACUGA